UGCAGAGCGACAGUUUGCAUUGACAGCAGAUCAGGAUCAGACAGGAGGAUGGGUAGGACUCUGCUGUGGCUGGGGGCCUCUCUGGCCUUUGCUUCUCUCGCUUUUCUGGCUGAUGGAGCUCCAUUGCAAGUGAUGUCUGCCCCCAACUUGUUGCGGGUAGGAACAGCAGAAAACAUCUUUGUGGAGUGUCAAGAUUACACAGGAGCAGAAAUUCCGGUUGAAAUCAUUGUGAUGAACCAUCCAACCAAAGCCAAAAGGCUGGCGUCCACAACUGUGACCCUCACCAGUGGAAACAACUUCCAGGAGCUUGCAGAAAUUAAGAUCCCUACUGGUGACUUCAGUAAAGAUCCCAGCAUCAAGCAGUACGUGUACCUGCAGGCUCAGUUCCCUGACCGACUGCUGGAGAAAGUCGUCUUGGUGUCCUUCCAGUCCGGGUACAUCUUCAUCCAGACUGACAAGACCCUCUACACCCCUGAGAGCACAGUUCUUUACAGGGUGUUUGCAGUGACACCCCUCAUGGAGCCUGUAGAGACGGAUAAUGAAACCCAAACUGUUGCUUCUAUUGCCAUUGAGAUUGUGACUCCUGAAGGCAUCAUUUUACCGCAUGAUGCAGUCUCCCUGAAUUCAGGGAUCCACUCUGGAAAUUACAAACUCGGUGAAAUUGUCAGUUCUGGUGUGUGGAAGGUAGUGGCACGGCUGGACAACAACCCACAGCAGAGCUACUCUGCAGAGUUUGAGGUCAAAGAAUAUGUGCUGCCCAGUUUUGAGGUGAAGCUGACACCUGUGAGCCCCUUCUUCUACGUGGACAGUCCAGAGCUCACUGUCAACAUCAGAGCAACGUAUCUAUUUGGUGAAGAGGUGGAUGGAAUGGCCUACGUGGUAUUUGGGGUUAUUAAAGAUGGAAAAAUGAGCUUUCCAAGUUCUAUUCAGAGAGCGGAGAUUAAGAAGGGUUAUGGAAAUGCCACGCUAAAGAGAGAGCACAUCACACAGACCUUCCCAGACAUCCUCAACCUGGUGGGGAACCCCAUAUUUGUAGCUGUCAGUGUGCUGACAGAAAGCGGUAGUGAAAUGGUGGAGGCCGAGUUAAGAGCUAUCCAGAUUGUCACAUCACCAUACACCAUCCACUUCAAGAAAACACCCAGAUACUUCAAACCAGGAAUGUCCUUCGAUGUUGCGGUUGAAGUCAUGAAUCCUGAUGAAACUCCUGCACAAGGUGUUGCAGUGGUGGUUGAUCCAGGCCAGGUGGCGGGUGUCACUGAAGCCAAUGGAAUGGCAAGGAUUACCAUCAAUACAGUGGAAACCAGUGGAGAACUACAGAUUACAGCAAAGACCAGUGAUCCUCAUAUUACACUUGAAAGGCAAGCAUUGGCCACCAUGACAGCUCUCCCACAUAGUACUAAAAACAACAAUUACAUCCACAUAGGUGUGAAUACAGCUGAAGUCACGUUAGGAGAAAACCUUAAAGUCAACUUCAUACUAACCAAGCAUGAGCAAAUCGACAUCACAUACCUAAUCCUGAGCAGAGGUCGGCUGGUAAAAAAUGGUCGUUACACAUCAAAAGCCCAAGUACUGAUAUCCAUGACAGAAGUCAUCACCAAAGAAAUGCUGCCAUCGUUCCGCAUCAUAGCCUACUACCAUACAGAUGACAAUGAAGUGGUAUCAGACUCUGUUUGGGUGGAUGUCAAGGACUCCUGCAUGGGCUCGCUGAGGUUGGAGUCAAGCCGACCUGCUAACUCCUAUGAGCCUCGCAAGAUGUUUGGUUUGAAGGUCACAGGAAAUCCAGGAGCCAUGGUGGGACUGGUGGCAGUUGACAAAGGCGUCUACGUCCUCAACAACAAGCACCGCCUCACUCAGAAAAAGGUGUGGGACAUUGUAGAGAAGUCCGACACAGGCUGCACACCAGGUGGAGGGAAGGACGCCAUGAGUGUGUUCUUUGAUGCUGGGCUGUUAUUUGAGUCCAACACUACUUCAAGCACUCCCUACAGAUUGGAAUUUAAAUGUCCGGUUCCCAGCAGGAGGAAACGGACUACUAUAAUGGACGUGACGACCAGCUUAGUGAGUAAAUAUCAAGUCCAACUGCAGCGUGACUGUUGUUUGGAUGGCAUGAAGAAGAUUCCUGUUUCAUACUCCUGUGAGAGGCGCAGCGAUUACAUCGUGCAUGGUGCAGCCUGUAAGGAGGCCUUCUUGUACUGCUGUAAGGUGAUGGAAAACCAGCAAGAUGAAUGGAAGGAAGAUAACCUGAAACUGGCUCGAGCUGAUCAGGAAGACAACAGUUACAUGGACAGCAGUGAAAUUGUUUCUCGCACCAAUUUCCCUGAGAGUUGGCUGUGGUCAGAUAUCAAACUGCCUGCUUGCCCUCGACAAACACCAAACUGUGACACCACGAACUUUCAGAAAAAUGUUCCUUUGCAAGACUCAAUCACAACCUGGCUGUUCACUGGAAUUAGUCUGUCAAGAACUCACGGUAUCUGUGUUGGCGAACCAUUAGAGGUAAUUGUCCGGAAGGACUUCUUCAUUGAUCUCAGGCUACCCUACUCAGCUGUCCGAGGAGAGCAGAUAGAAGUCAGGGCAAUCCUUCACAACUACAGCCCUGAUCCUGCCACUGUGCGUGUGGAUCUGAUUGAGACGCCACAUGUGUGCAGUUCAGCCUCUAGACGUGGAAGGUAUCGUCAGGAGGUCAAACUUGGGCCCCAAACUACGCGAUCUGUACCCUUCGUCAUUAUUCCCAUGAAGGAUGAAGAAGAUUAUCCCAUUGAGGUCAAAGCAGCUGUUAAAGACUCAUCACUCUAUGAUGGAGUUAUGAGGAAGCUCCGGGUGGUGCCUCCAGGUGUACUGGUUAAAUCUUCUCAGACUGUAACUCUAGACCCAGCAAAUAAAGGUGUAGGUGGUAAGCAAGAAGUAAUUAUCAACAGUAGAAUUCCUAAAAAAGAUGUGGCUCCAAACACACCUUCUAAAACACAGGUCUUGGCAACAGGGAGAGAACAAGUAUCUGCACUGGUGGAGAAAGCUAUUAGUGGACAAUCAAUGAGUACUCUGAUCCAACAACCCUCAGGCUGUGGAGAACAGAACAUGGCUGCCAUGACUCUACCUGUCAUUGCAGCCACAUAUUUGGACAAAACCAAUCAGUGGGAAGCUGUGGGUUUUGAGAAACGUGGUAAAGCCCUCCAACACAUCAAGACCGGUUACCAGAAUCAGCUUCCCUACCGUAAAGAUGAUGGGUCUUUUGCUGUCUACCCUUAUCGCCAAAGCAGCACCUGGCUGACAGCUUAUGUUGCCAAGGUGUUUGCCAUGGCCAACAGUCUGGUGGCAGUGCAAAGGAACCUCAUAUGUGACGCUGUCAAGUUUCUGAUUCUCAACGCCCAGCAACCUAAUGGCAUGUUUACGGAAGAUGGAUAUGUGCUCAGUAGUUCAAUGCGUGGUGAUGUCGAAGGCAGAGAUUCAGAUGCCUCCAUGACGGCCUUCUGCCUCAUUGCCAUGCAGGAGUCACUCACACUAUGUAACCGAAGUGUUGAUGGUCUGCAACACAGUAUAAACAUAGCAGUGGCCUACCUGGAGACACGUCUGCCCAGGCUCACCUACUCAUAUGCUGUUGCCAUGACGUCAUACGCUCUGGCCAAUGCAAACAAGCUGAACCGGGAGAUCCUCUACAACUUUGCUUCAACAGAUUCAUCGCACUGGCCAGUACCUUAUUCAAAUGUCUACACACUGGAGGCCACAGCUUAUGCUCUUCUUGCUCUGGUCAAGGUCAAGGCAUUUGAAGAUGCCAAGCCUGUUGUCAGGUGGUUCAACGAGCAGCAGAAGGUGGGAGGAGGCUAUGGAUCAACCCAGGCUACUAUAAUGGUGUACCAGGCUGUAGCUGAGUACUGGGCCAAUGCUGAAGAACCACAGUAUGAUCUGAAGUUGGACAUUGUGUUGCCAACCAAGUCAGACCCUGAAAAAUACGUCUUUAACAGGGGGAACCACUAUGCCACAAGAACAUCUAAAAUCAAUGAUAUAAACCAGAAUGUGAAAGUGACCGCAACAGGCACAGGAGAAGCAACAGUGACAAUGGUGUCGCUGUAUUAUGCUCUACCUAAAGAAAAUGAAAAUGACUGUCAGAAAUUUGACAUGUCGGUGCACCUCCUUUCAGUGGGAAUGGGUGGGAAUGGGGAGGUAUACGAGCUGAAAAUUGAAGUUAUGUUUAAGGACCAGGUCCGUGAUGCAUCCAUGUCAAUCUUGGAUAUUGGCUUGUUGACCGGCUUCAACGUUGACACCAAUGACCUGAAAUCAUUGUCUGAUGGACAUGCACCCAUCAUAGCAAAAUAUGAAAUAAACAAAGCCCUGUCUGAAAAAGGCUCUCUCUUCAUCUACCUGGACAAGGUAAGACAUCAUGCUUUCGUCAAAUCUAGUUUUACUUUCUGCCAUGUUUUUCAUUUCUUUAUCUCUAUCUCACCUUUGCUUUAUAUCUCCCUCCAGGUUUCUCACACACAAAAAGAAGAGAUCACAUUUAAGAUCCAUCAGAAGUUUAAAGUUGGUGUCUUACAACCAGCUGCUGUGUCUGUCUAUGAAUACUAUGAUCAGACACCUUGUGUGAAAUUCUACCAUCCAGAGAGGAGAGCUGGACAGCUCAUGCAGCUCUGUAGAGGUGAUGAAUGCACAUGUGCUGAAGAGGACUGCAGUAUGCAGAAGAAGGGCAAAAUCAGCAAUAAAGAUCGCAAAGCUAUGGCCUGUGAAAGUACUCAGACCAGUAUAACAGAGUUUGUGUACAAAGUGAGACUGGAAGAAUUUACAGCUGGUUUGUCCACUGAUAUUUCCAUCAUGAAGGUAGAGCGAGUCAUCAAGGAAGGAAGUUUUGACGUGGUUGCCGUGAAUAAUAACAUAACGUUCCUCAGUUAUCAGCACUGCAGGGAGUCCUUAGAUCUGAAACAAGGCAAAACCUACCUUGUCAUGGGGACAUCCAGAGAUAUGUACAGAGAUGAACAAAAUGCAGUGUUUCAGUAUAUACUCGGUGAGAGAACCUGGAUCGAGUACUGGCCCACAAAUGCAGAGUGUCAGCAUAUCAAGUACAGACCUAUCUGUUUGGACAUGGAAGACCUGGUCGAAGCGGUCGAAAUCUUUGGGUGCCAAGCCAAGUGAAACUCAAAGGAAUGAAUUUAUUUUAAAAGUGUUUUAAUUCUGAUUAAUUAACUGAUUAUGUAAAACUUUCAGUGCUUUGAAACAUAAUGACUGCACAUGUUGCAUUGUUAAACUGCAUUCAAUAAAUGUUGUGGGUUUAG